GUGGGAAGCACCGAAAGAGCAACGUCGUGUGCUCUAUAUAGCGCCUAUCAUAAUUAUAACAAUCAUCUUUUAUUUAUCAAUAUAAUUAUUGCCGAGGAAUCGAACUCGUCGAUCGUUUUUAAUUUUACGCUUGAUGGAAAUGGCAAAGUAAAACGAAUUGAUAAAUCGCUCGCCGAAGCUCGUCGGGCAUGUCAACGGACAUCAAUCGCCAGACUUCUCAGAAGGCGAUGCUUGAGACUGGCAGGAGAUCCGCCAUAAGUACAUCCGAGCUAGGACUUUAUUCCGAUCGCGGUGAUCGAUAUAGGAGUCGUUACGGUUUAAUUGUGAGAAAAUUUGCGAUUGGAGUUAUGGUGGUAGUAACAGUGAUAUUGGUGGCGAUAUUUAUGUACGAUUUUACGUCCGUCACAUCAGGGAACAGUAAAAUCAAUCAAGAAACAAAACACAUAUAUAUACUGCAGAAUACUCUCAAGAAAUCAUCGAAUCUUUCCAAAAAGUCAAACUCCACGAUGUACGAAGCCGCGAUUAAUCGUACAGACGAUCUUUCCAUGGAAGAUCGUUCGGAUGAUAAGAACUACGAAAUUCUCAUGCAACAAAACGCAACAAGCGAUAUAAUGCCGGUCGAGACACGCAUCGUGAAAGCGGAUGAACCUGAGAUGAGAGCGCAGAAUCUGCACAAUUUCAAACAGCGGAAGAGAAUGCUGAAAUCCGUGGAAGAUGCCAAGGAAAAUGAGGAACCCGAAUCCAAACAAUUGUUUGACAAUCAUGCGAUCGUUUAUCGAGUGAGACAGAGGUACAAAUAUCCGGAUAUAGACGAGGACAUAAGCGCAGAAGAGUCACAACCUACGCCGUUUCAUUGGGAAUUCAAGACGCCACAUCCGACGUCGUUCAAACGACCGAGGUAUCCACAACUGACGCAAUAUCGAUACCCUCAUUCGUCCAGAAGCAUUCAGGACAUCAUCAAAUAUCUGACGAAUAAUGCCGAAAUGCCGAAUCGCGGCAUCAAAUUCACCGGCGUUUACAUGAAUCCCAAGAAGUACGAUCUGAUACCCGAUAUGGGAGAAAUGAUGUCCAGUAAUGAUAAAUUCGAGGAGAACGAGGCGCCGCCUAUCUAUCCGAUGAAAUCGACAGUGCACAAUAAUGAUCCCUUUUAUCAAUAUAAACCGAAGCAUCCGGCAGACGUAAAUCUUUUAGCCACAUCUAACGUAAGAUUCUCUCCGAGCGGAAUACAUCGAUAUAGUCCUUACUAUGAUCCUAUAUACUCCCGACCUUUAGUUAGCUACAAUAAACCGAUCGUGACGGAGCCGCAGUACGAGACCGUUGACUCCUACUCGACGAACACAUUGGGGAAGAGUCGAAAACCGAAGCCGUUUAGCGUAAUGCUCGACAUUUAUCCCAUUACUGACAUUAUGGAGCAGAAUAAGAAGACAACGUGGCCAAGGCCGCAAGCAGCAGCCAUAGACGAUUAUGAUAUUAGAAGACCCAUCCAAUAUCGUGGACCAAAAUUCUACGCCUCACCCCCAAAAUCUAUACCCCUUGUGGCUAUGCCUACACCCACAUCGGAAGAAGAGGAAAGACAACAAAUGAUAUUUCAUUUAAACUUGUAUCCUCGUAAGAAGAAUAAGCUCAGCAGAAACGAUAUCAUUCACAGAUCGGAAUUGAUGGAACCGGAAGAGCAGCAGGAAUUCGCGAAGAAAAUAAUGUCUCCGUUGGAAUCGAUCGCUAAACAUUUAACUGAUCAUUCCGCAAUUGAAGAGUCAAGAUUCGAGGAAAAUCAAAACUCAGAGACAACUAGUUUUCCAUUAACGCGAUAUCACGAGAUGAGUUUAGAUGAUAAGAAUGACAAGGGGAGAGAUUUUAUAUUAAACAAUGAUUCAGGAAUCUAUUCGAAUCUGGCUAAUAACAACGAUAUCGUGAGAGAUAUUGCAGUGCUUUCCAAUCAUAAAUUAAUCAUCGACGAAGAUUAUGCUAGCACGGAGAAGUAUGAAAUUAACACUCGAAACAUUAUUGUGACUACAGGGAAAGAUUGCGCGAAUUGCAACGAUACAACAAUAAUCGACAGCCUGAAGGCCAACACGAACAAAAGCAUCGAUCUUUCGAAGGAUCUCAGCGCUUCAGCCUCUUACGUUGAUUAAAUUGAAAGUAUAAUUAUCGAAGAAAUGAUUUGUAAGGAAAGACUGUCGAAUAUCUCUUGAUAAUUGAAUGUUCGAGACACUCUGAUGUUAUAUAAGCGAAAACCACAUCACAUAGUUGUUACAUAAAUAAAUCAUCGAACGUAUCUUUAUGUAUACGAUUGUUACAAUAAUUUUGUUUUGAUGAAAUAUAUUUUUGUAGUUUAAUCAGAA